AUGAGUGAAUUUCAGCCUUCCUGUCAGAAUGGUAUACCAGGCUUGUUUAACAGAUCUUGGAGUGGAUGGCACCAUUACCAGGUGAUCGGUCCUGCAGAGACAAUCAUCCUUCCCUCUCUGAUUGGGAUUAUCUUUUCAACAGGCUUAGUUGGAAGUAUCCUCAUUGUGUUCACGAUAAUAAGAUCCCAGAAGAAAACUAUCUCGGAUACCUACAUCGGUAAUCUGGCUGUAGCAGAUUUGGUUCAUACCAUUGGCAUGACCUUUCUCAUUCCCCAACGAGCAUGUGGAGGCAAGUGGGUAUUUGGCAGCCCUCUUUGCACCAUCAUUGCCUCCCUGGACGUAUCCAUCCAGUUUACAUGCAGUGCCAUUAUGACCGCAAUGAGUUUGGACAGGUACCUAGCUCUUGUCCAGCCAAUUUGCCUAACCCACCUGGGAACAAGAUCAAAGACAAUUCAAGUCAAUUUAUAUUUAUGGGUGGCAUCACUUAUUCUGAUGUUCCCUGUGGGGGUCUACUCAAAAGUAAUAAAGUUGAAAAGUCUCACUUUUGAUUUAGCCUCACCUGAUGGUGUUCUCUGGCAAUAUAUGCUUUUUCUUACUGUAACAACUUUCUUUUUUCCUUUACUACUGAUAUUUAUUUUUCACAUGUGGGAGAAGUAUCAGCCAAAGAAGAAAACAGGAAGUUACACCACCAGUAUCCCCAGGCAAAGAGUUAUGAGGCUCCCUAAGACAGAGCUUGCUCCGACCGGCGUGUUUGUGGCAAGCACUGCCCCAUUCCAUGCGAUCCAGCUCAUGAAUCUUCAGGUUUCCCAGCCGACCCUGACCUUCUACCUGAACUACCAUGUCUUCAUCUGCCUCAGCUAUGACAGCAGCAGCAUUAAUCCCUUUCUCUACAUCCUGCUUAGUGGGAACAUCCAGAAACCUCUCCAGCGGUGCACAAAGGUGGAAGUCAGGAUAGCAGAAAGGGAUGUCAACAUCAUCAAAAACACCAUUAAGUUAA